AUGCUGCAAAUUUCGAAUCACGACGAACACAGUCAAGCCUCGACAUCUCUACCUCCAAUGCUUCCUUCUUGCAGCCCUCAAGAUUUUCAUGGGAUGGGUCCAUUGCUGGGGAAAAGAUCCUCUAUGGCGUACUCGGCUGGGCUCGACAGCUGCCACGAUGACAUGGCGAACCACGGCGGAUCGGACGACGUGUCGGAUGACGAGGGUUGCCACGCGGGCGGCGGGGAGAAGAAGAGGCGGCUCAACACGGAGCAAGUGAAGACAUUGGAGAAGAAUUUCGAGCUCGGGAACAAGCUGGAGCCCGAGAGGAAAAUGCAGCUGGCGCGGGCCCUCGGGCUCCAGCCGAGACAAGUGGCCAUAUGGUUUCAAAACCGGCGGGCCCGCUGGAAAACGAAGCAGCUCGAAAAGGACUAUGAGCUGCUCAAGAGGCAGUUUGAAGGGGUCAAGGCUGAAAACCACGCGCUCCACGCGCACAACCAGAAGCUCCAUGCCCAGGCGCUUAGGCCCGGCGCCGUGGCCCAACAACUAUUUCACGAUUCUUCAAGGGCCGAUAUGCAAUGCCCCAAAGUGGAGGGGCACAGUAGCAAUAAUAAUAACAAUAAUAAUAAGGAAGAUAGUCUAUGCAACAUGUUCUGUGGCGUGGACGAUCAGACCGGGUUCUGGCCCUGGCUCGAUCAGCAACAAUUCAAUUAA